CAGAGGUCUGGGCAGAGCGGUCAGGGACCGUGUCUGCCUCACCGCCACAGUCAGGAAUGCUGGGUGCUGACGGACCUCCUUGAGACAGAAAGCACACGAGACAUUAAUGACGAUAAAAGUAACAACACUUAUUGAGCACUUCCUCCUCGCUAGUCACUGUAGGAAGUAAUCAGUCUUAAAAAAAAUAGCCUUGUUAAAAUUACCACCACUUCUUAGGUGAGAAAACCAGAAGUCCGGGGAGACUGGGGGAAUCUGGUCAUUAACAGGGCUGGUGCCAGAGCCAGCGUCCCGAGAGUAAGUCUGUACCAUAUUACACGCCUGUCCACAUGACCACCGCUACCGUUAUACUUACUUUACCAGUGGGGAAACUGAGGCUCAGAGACAACGAGUGAGUCACACAGGCCUGUGCAUCUGCUGAGUGACAGGUCCAGGUAGGUGUGGUUUCAUGGCUUGAGCUCUUAGCUCUGAAUUCUAGUUCUCCCACGGGGAGGUGUUUCCCCCUCCCAUCCUGGACCCUAAUUUGAAGGUGGCUGGUUCCAAAGUCUGAACUUUCCUUGGAGAGUGGGUGACUCCCAAGAGAAGUUAGAUUCUGGAUGCCCACGUCUAAGGCUUGCCUGGAUCUUGACUCACCAGAGGUGGACGGAGGCCAGGCCAGAGGCUUCAAGAAGCCCCAGCGAGGGGCUCUGGGGCCCACAGUCAGGCUCAGAGGAUGAGGGUAUUGAGGAUAUCCCUUGCAGUGGCCAGAGCUCCCCUGGGAACAAUGGGGCCGGGCCUCAGGGCCUCUGGUUUCCAGGGCAGUUGCUUCCAGAAUACCAAGGACGCUUGGCGGGCCCUGGGCCUGGUUCUGCCAGGCUGGCAGGAGAGCAGGGGCAUUUCUAGGAGGGCCUGACUUCCUCCAUCUUCCCGUUCCCAUGCCCUGGCUUUGCCCUCUUUGGGGGUGGGGGGGGUGACAGGGAGUGGCCUGCCUUCAAUACAUUCCCCUCCCGGGUGUCCAGGUUGCACCUUGUAAAUCGGAUUCCUGCUUUUUAGGGAUUUAUAGCAUCGCAAUGACGCUUCAGUUCCUUCUGAUUUAUUGGCAAAGGCAGCAGCUUCCAAUCCUGGCCUUACAGUUUUUGGGGGUGCUGGUGGUUCAGGGAAGUGAGGGGAAGAAACUUAAAAUGGUUUCCUCCUUGAAAGAUGCUCAUCUCUAAAGAAAACCUUGGGUGAAUUGUUUUUGGAACAGGAAUCUUAAGAGUUAAGGGAAAGCUUCCCUUUCAAGCUUCCAUCUCCUGUCUUGGUGAGGACCAAAGGGUGUUGCAUGUAGUUGAAGAGGGAGUAGGUCAGGGAGGAGGAUCUGAGCAUACCGCCUGGCUGGAAUCCUGGCUCUAAGCUUGGAGAAGUUAUCUAACCGUGCAGAACCUCAGUUUCCUUAUCUGUAAAAUGGGACUAUGACCCCACAGGGUUACUGUGAGUGCUAGAUGAGCUGAUGCCUGGAAAGGGAGCAUAUGACUGGGAGAAACAUCACGAGUGCCCAGAAGUACUUGCUUUCCUUCCUGUUAUUUCGCCCAUAGUGCUCAGAACAGCACCUGGCUCAUGCUAGAUAAUAACAUGCUUGUGAAUAAAUACAAAGGAAAUAUGGCCGAAUGAAACAGCACUGCCGCUAAAGAAUGAACUCCAGAGUAACUUAAAAAUAUUACUCUGCACGAAUAUCGGUGAUUUUCCAUACCUGUUUUCUAAAGAUGUUCACAUUUGUCUUGGGGCCCUUGGGCAGGGCAGGCCUGCACUCUGCAUGAGCUGGAGGAGAGUCACAUAUAAAGCUGAGAAGCUGUUCUCUGUGGGUCCUCCAAGCAACCCAGCUGAUGGAGAAAGCGUCUUCUGCUGUCAUGGAGUGAGGCACUGUGGGAUGGGUGCAUUUGUCGGCUCACACGGGAGGUUCCCCAGAACCUCUGACUGUGCCUUUCCCCUAUUUACUGCCACCUGGUGACACAGUACUGCUUCCUCUAAGUACCAAGUAGGGUUUCACACUUGAAACAGGACUCCCAGGACCGCCGCCAGCUCACUGCCGUCACCCCAGCCUCUGUGCCCAUCCCUAAGCUUCAGCUUGUUUCUUCCCCACUAAACUGAUGGUAAAAGAGCCACAGCCCUGGCCCAAGAGUCUGACCCAGAGCGCCUCGAGUCUCUCCUACUUCUUACUUGCUUACCAUGACCAUUGGUGUAGUCUCUGAGCCUUAGUUUCAUCAUCUGAACAAUGGGAGUGAGGACCCUGACCUUCCAGCAGGGGCUUUCAGGAAAACGGACUCUCCCUGGUGUGGAGAGCUGGGUGAGUGAGCUGAACCCAACAGCAUUCAUUUGGGAAAUGAGGACCCACUCGUCCCGCCCCCAAGGGGAAUUGUGCCCAACAGUGAACGUGGGGAGAAUACUCACAAGGCGCAGGCCUUCACCCAACCUCCACGAGCCCCAUAGUUCAACCAGACCAGACAGACAGCAAAGGGAAGAAGCAUGCUCUAAAUCUCAGAAGUCAUCUGAACGUCGCCUUCUAAUGUCCGGUGCCUCACACACUGAUUCACAAAUGAGCAGGGGACGUUAAUUGCGUGCAUGUCUGAAGGCCAUAAAUGGGUAACCUGGAGGAACAGUAAGUCAGAUCUCCUUGGAGGGAAGGAGCGUGGGCUCUGGGGAACCUGCUGGAUGAGGGUUAAGCCAGGCAUGUGAGUCGGGCAGGUUUCUCCACCUCUCUGUGCCUCAGCUUUCUUGCCUGUGAAAUGGAACCAAUGCUGGCUUCCACGUAAAGUUCUUGUGGAGCACUGAUGAGCCAAGGUAGGUGAACCGCUUAGCGCUUAGGAAAUACUCAUUGGAUGCUCACCAAAACAACGCUGCGACCUUGGUGCUUUGACUUAGGGUUUGCAAAGAGCGUGAGGGUCAGGGAUGCUCCCUGGUCCACUUUUGCUUUGAGUUUCAGGUAGCCGUUCUCUUCUCUCUGUGUGGGUGGAAGAGGACCCUCGCUUCCUUUCUGUCCCUUCCUCCUGGGCUUCAGCGGGUGGGCUGCCUCCACUGAGCCGCCGCUUCCACCUGGAGAUCUGGGGUGAGGCUCCUUGCUCUUCCCGACUUCCGCUAACCCCCACUGGGGAAGAUCACUGAACAAGUCUGCUGGCCACGGGACUGUUGCACAGGCUGUGACCGCUGGCGAGGACUGGAGAGCCGGCGGCUGCGGACUGCCCGGCGCAGAACAGCCCCUCUUUGACCUCACAUGCUGGAGAAGCAGCCCCAUGAAGGUGCCCAGCCAUGCAAUGUUCCUGGAAGGCCGUCCUCCUCCUUGCCCUGGCCUCCAUCGCCAUUCAGUACACGGCCAUCCGCACCUUCACGGCCAAGUCCUUCCACACCUGCCCGGGCCUGGCGGAGGCCGGGCUGGCCGAGCGGCUGUGCGAGGAGGGCCCCACGUUCGCCUAUAACCUCUCGCGCAAGACCCACAUCCUUAUCCUGGCCACCACACGCAGCGGCUCCUCCUUCGUGGGCCAGCUCUUCAACCAGCACCUGGACGUCUUCUACCUGUUCGAGCCUCUCUACCACGUGCAGAACACGCUCAUCCCCCGCUUCACGCAGGGCAAGAGCCCCGCCGACCGGCGGGUCAUGCUGGGCGCCAGCCGGGACCUCCUGAGGAGCCUCUACGACUGCGACCUCUACUUCCUGGAGAACUACAUCAAGCCGCCGCCCGUCAACCACACCACGGACAGGAUCUUCCGCCGCGGGGCUAGCCGCGUGCUGUGCUCCCGGCCGGUGUGCGACGCCCCGGGCUCGGGGGACCUGGUGCUGGAGGAGGGGGACUGCGUGCGCAGGUGCGGCCUGUUGAACCUGACGGUGGCCGCCGAAGCCUGCCGCGAGCGCAGCCACGUGGCCAUCAAGACGGUGCGCGUGCCCGAGGUCAACGACCUGCGGGCCCUGGUGGAAGACCCCCGCCUAAACCUCAAGGUCAUCCAGCUGGUCCGGGACCCCCGGGGCAUCCUGGCCUCCCGCAGCGAGACCUUCCGCGACACGUACCGCCUCUGGCGGCUCUGGUACGGCACCGGGCGGAAGCCCUACAACCUGGACGUGACGCAGCUGACCACGGUGUGCGAGGACUUCUCCAACUCCGUGUCCACCGGCCUCAUGCGGCCCCCGUGGCUCAAGGGCAAGUACAUGCUGGUGCGCUACGAGGACCUGGCCAGGAACCCCAUGAAGAAGACCGAGGAGAUCUACGGGUUCCUGGGCAUCCCCCUGGACAGCCACGUGGCGCGCUGGAUCCAGAACAACACGCGGGGAGACCCCGCCCUGGGCAGGCACAAGUACGGCACGGUGCGCAACUCGGCGGCCACGGCCGAGAAGUGGCGCUUCCGCCUCUCCUACGACAUCGUGGCCUUCGCCCAGAACGCCUGCCAGCGCGUGCUGGCGCAGCUGGGCUACAAGAUGGCCAGCUCGGAGGAGGAGCUCAAGAACCCUUCCGUCAGCCUGGUGGAGGAGCGGGACUUCCGCCCGUUCUCAUGACCGGGGCUCCGUGGGUGGGGGCAGGGGGCACACGGUGUCGGUUUUGAUAACAUGGACCGUUUUUAACUGUUGCCUUAUUUCCCCCUUCCCUCUCCCACCCCGUCUUUUGUGUCCUACCUGCCCCCUGUCCACCCCGCCCCCCAACUUCCACCUGCCUCUCUUUGUCUCUGAAAUUUGCACUAUGUCUUGGACAGGAAUCCCUGGGGCAGAGGGGGCGGUGAAGUGGGGUCCAGCCCCCACCCCACCCCGUUCAGACACUCGGGUGUGUGUCUCUGGUGGAUGGUGACAAUGUUUACAAGCACCACACUUACACAUUCACAUACGCACGUGCACACACACACACACACACACACACACACACACGGGCGCCUGAGAGGAGAGACACCCCAACCACACAACUUUUGAGGUUUUUUGAAUGGAUGAGUGGUCAGGGUAUGGUAGUUUUUGCACUGUCUUACUUCAACAAGGUAAGAGGUUAAAAACAAAAAGGCCACCUCUCUCUAAUUUAUGAAUGGUGUUUAUCCCUCCCCAUCCUGCUUCUGCCCCCCAAUACCACUGCCCCCCACUACAUGGAGCAGAGAAAACUGCCCCUUCCUGCCCACCCUUGCCUGGCGGUGAGCAGGUUUUUACUGUGAGGUGAAUGUGGACCUUGUUUAUUUCUUCCAGUCUGUGGCAACGCUGUCUGUCUGUCUGUCUGUCUGAGUCUUGUGGCUGCCCCUGGACUAGUGAUGGCUGAUAAAUAUUAUGGUUUUCUGAUUGAUCUUGGGGUCCAUCUGUGAUAUUUCUUUGUGCCAAAAAGAAAAAAAAAAAGAGUGGUUCAGUUUGCUAAAUGAACAUUGAAAUGCUUUAUCUGUGUUUUCUGUAAAUAAAAGAGUGCAAUAAUG